AUCACCAAGUCUUUGGUUCCUUCCUGAACCUAAAUAGACCACAAUCAGAAGCUAGAAAACUCUUUCUACAUCUUGUAGUGCUUACUUCAAUAGGUAUAUAAUAUACAAGAAACUCUCAAACUAAAACCAAUACCAUAUUCAUAUAGUAUUGUUCAAGAUACCAGCUGUUAUAAGUGAUGAGUACAAAGUGAUAACUUUGCACUUUUUGAGGAUAUCUGUAUUGCAGUAUUGGCAUCUCAGACUUUUAUAUGAAGGCAAGAUCUCUCUUCAAAUCCCGUAACAUAAGGUGAAAUAUUAACAGCUAUACAGAUCAAAGAUGAGACGACAAGGCCACAAUGUCUGAUCCAUACAUGAAUAUUCACACAAGGUAGACUUCUACUCGUCGGUCUAUGUGGAAUUGUAAACCAGGACAUCCGAGCAUCGGUGGCCUAAGGACAUUUGGAAUCCACUUUGCAAAAUCCUUAGUUUGAUUCCGGUUUCUUCCAAAACAGUUUUGAACUCUGAUUUAUUCCCAAAAAUAACCGGCGACGACAGUAUCAACAACAUUUGCUAUUUUCCAACCCUUUUUCAUUGGUUUUGACUUCUCGAGGAGUUUUCCAUACAAACAAUUCUGCCAUCCUCGGUUCUGUGACCGCACUGCGCUCGAGCCACCAUGGAUAGCUCUCCUAGCAGAAGUUCCCCUCCUCCACCCUCCUCUCCAUCCCAUACAAUCGCUUUCCCUACCUUUGAAGCACUUCCCACCACUUCAACCACCUCGAAUUUACCAAACAGAUCAAGAUCGAGAUCGAACCGUCUUUCUGUAGACGCAGAACCUCCCCAAAUAGAGGAUUUAAUUACAUCAGCGCGUCGCGAUUCAGUCCAUUCAGUAUCAUCUACUUCAAGCGAAUAUACCGCAGAGAUCAAACGUCUUCGUGCGGAGGUUGCGCGGCACAAUCAAGAGGUUGAAGAAUCUGCCAUUGGUCUUGGUCUUAACGAAGGAUCAAUUGCAGCAAAUACUGAAGGUGAAGCGUUCAAUUACCGUGGUGUCCAGAGCGCGCGACCAGGUAAAGUUAGGUCGAAUCAUAUGCGCUUCUAUUGUAUACUAAUUGUCUUUAAGUUGCUCCUCUGCUACCAAGACGCGGGUCACUUCCACUUGCCGCCGAUCAUCCGGUCACUAUUGAUUUAAGAGCUCGCCGCGGAUCUCAACACUCUCGAUCCUCUUGUAUCUCGUCGCCCACUUCUGCUACCUACGUCCCACCUCAAAUCCCUUCAGCGACGUACAUUCUACCCCAACUAACCUCCACUAAAUACGUUCCAUCACAAACACUUAAGAUGAAUUAUCAAGGCUUCGGUGAUCCCAAUCAACCCGGUCAACAAUCAAACUCACGACAAGCUCCACCAUCGCCAGGUCAAGGCAUGGCUCAUACAAACGGAAUGAACGGUCAAAUGAACAUGGCUGGAAUGGCUAAUAUGAUUGGCUUUCCGACUCCAGCUGGACACCAAUCUGACUUGAACUACAUUAUGGUCAUGGUCGAAGAGUUGAGCCGCCUUUUAGCAGCCAAUCAAAAGAUUACUGACAGUAUUCUUGAGAAGAUCGGCAAUGUUCGUCAACGAGCCAAAGACAAGAAUUUGACCAACGAUGAACUUCUCGCAAUUGUUUCUGAGGAGUUGAAUGGUAAUUCAUUUCAUGCCUUGAAAGAAAAUAUAGCUAACAUUAAAAAUAGCGGGUUCCGAAAACCUUGAAGCCGAAAACUCUCAAUUGCGCAGAGCAAUCGAACAAUCCAAGGCUGAUUCCGAGGAGAAUUGGAAAUUGGUGCUUCACGCUGCUGGUAUCCUUGAAGAUAUCAAGGAGAAGGCCCAUAACUAUAAGUUCCAGCACGAGAAAGACACUCUUGCUUGGCACAAGAGUUAUCGUGAUCAACUCGCUCAAGAGCGUAAAGAAAAUCUCGAACUUCGUUGUCAUAUUGCUGAUAUGCAAGCUCAUGCUGCUAAGGCUAAUGACUACAUUAAUCAACUUCGUCGAUAUGCAUCCGAGCACAAGAUCAUUACUGAGCUCACAACUCAAGUUCAUCAAUACAAGUCUGAACGUCGUUUCUGGAAGCGUAUGGCUUGUGUUGGUCUUCGUGAAGAUCCUAGUGAAUGGUCUGAUGGUGAAGGUGGUGCUACUGGCGAUAUCCCUGAAGCUGAGAAGACUGCUUGUGCUUCAUACAUUGCUGAACGCGAGGAAAUGGCUCGUAUUGUUCUGGGCCAUAACGAUGAUUCCUCUUCUUAAACUCCCAUCUUUUACAUACACAUUUACGGUGGAACGGCGUUACGAAGAUUGCUUUUUUUAUGGUACACACCUCUUUCUCACGAAAAUCGGCGUAACGGAAUGGAUAUACCCAUCAUGAAAUGAUUUCUUUUAUGAUAUCAUUGCAUCUGCAUAGGAUGGGCGAUUAUGGAUAAAGCAGGCUGUUGAUGAAAUUUUUGUACAAAUAUACUAGUGCACAUUGGAAAUGGGCUAGCGAUUGUGCGCUGAGAGUGGAAUCUUUCGAUUUCUCGGUUGUGAGAUGGAUUAAUUAUUUCUGGCAUACACUCACGACAUCACAUCUUGCUCUGUUUCUGGUAUCACCUUUUUUCCUUCUUGAGAGGGAGGGAAUGUAAAAGGUGCAGAAAUGUCGAUGGGUUAAUUUGAAACACCCCUCUUUGAGAUUCAUUUCUUCUUUUCUUCUUUUGAUCUGCUUAGAUUGAAAGAUUGAAAGAGGAUUAUAUGAUCAUGAAUGGGAUUGGGAUUCAAUCUAUGAGAUUGUUUACUUAUAUGAUAAAUGAGGUAAGAAAAUGUAUCUAGAUGGUUGAUUAGUGAGAAGAGAGAAGGUUUACAUAAUGAUAAAUACAAUGAAUAGAUAUACUUGGUGUAUCUUUUCCAUAUUAAGU